ACGUAUUCAUAAAGUACUGGACCACGUCCAACGAAGCAUCUCGUUAGUCUGUUAUCUCGUUAUCCAAUCGCGAUGGUUUCGACAUUUGUACUAUUACUGAUUACUCUCGGCGUCAUCAGUGUUGUGAAAAUUGCGUUUGCGGUGCAUCGGAUGUACUUUUACUGGAGGAAGAAGGGCAUACCUUACAUGCCCAAUUCGUUAUCGUCUUUUCUCAACUCUUGGAAAUUAUUUUUGGGCUACAUCUCAUUCGCCGAUAUGAAUCAAUAUAUGUAUUAUUAUUUCCCAAACGCUAAAUAUUUUGGAACAAAUGAUUUUCCCGCGCCUACCAUAUUUUUACGCGAUCCCGAGUUGAUUAAAGACAUAAUGGUGAAGGAUUUUGAAAAUUUCCCGGAUCAUCGUUCUUUCAUUGAUGAAAGCGUAGAACCGCUGUUCGGUAAGAACGUCUUCGCCUUGCGUGGAGACCGUUGGAGAGAAAUGAGGAAUACACUGAGUCCUUCAUUCACCGCCAGCAAAAUGAAGUUCAUGUUCGAUUUGAUAUCGAAGUGUUCUCACGAUUUCGUCAAUUAUCUGGUCGACCAUCCGGAGCUCUGUCAUGAGAUCGAAACGAAGGGAGCUUUUAGACGAUACACCAAUGACGUAAUUGCUACGGCAGCCUUUGGCAUAAAUGUCAACUCUAUGAAGGAUCAAGACAAUGAAUUCUAUAGAAGAGGAAUAGAGGCUACCACAUUUUCCUCUGGACUGUUAACGACGAUUAAGAUAAUAUUUUUACGCUCAAGUCCUGCAUGGCUUUCUAAAUUAACGGGCUUAACUUUUUUCCCGCUGGCUACGGCCAAAUUUUUCAAGAAGAUCGUGGGGGAAACCAUUAAAGAACGAGAAGAGCGUGAUAUUAUCCGACCGGAUAUGAUUCAUUUGUUAAUGCAGGCUCGAGGCAAGGACAAUGCCAGUUCCAAAAUGACACUGGACGAUAUCGUUUCGCAAGCCUUCAUCUUUUUCUUCGCUGGCUUCGACACCUCCUCGACCUUGAUGUGUUUCAUUGCUCAUGAAUUGGCGGUCAAUCCAGAAAUUCAAGAUCAUCUGCGCGAGGAGAUACUGCAGCAUCUUGCCGAGGGAAACGGCGAGAUUUCUUACGAAGCACUGUCGAAGAUGUCGUAUAUGGACAUGGUGGUUUCCGAAGCUCUCAGAAAAUAUCCACCGGUGAUCGUCCUUGAUAGACUUUGCUCUAAGAGAUACGAACUUCCUCCAGCGCAACCAGGUUACAAAAGUGUGAUUCUCGAACCCGAUACUGUAUUGAUGUUUCCCGCGUAUGCUUUACAUCGCGAUCCGAGAUAUUUUCCGAAUCCGGAUAAGUUCGAUCCUGAAAGAUUCAGCGAGGAGAACAAGGACAACAUUGUACCAUAUACCUAUAUACCAUUCGGUCACGGGCCUAGAAAGUGUAUCGGCAAUCGAUUUGCACUUAUGGAAACGAAGAUCGUGAUAGCUCAUCUUUUACAAAAGUUUAAUUUGAAGACUGUAGAAAAAACUGUCGAACCAAUUGUAUAUUGUAAAAAGGAAUUUACCCUGAAACCGGAUGGCGGAUUCUGGAUUAGCUUGGAAAAGAGAGAAACGUGAAAAUCUUGCACAAAGUAUAUCUAUAAUUCUAUGAUACAGUUGUAUUUGUCAAAAUAUUAUCGCGUUUCCAACUUAAAAAUAUUCACCGUUUUCAACAGACGAUUUAAGUAUAUAAUAAGAUAUAAUUGAGAUGUAUUGUUAAAUGCUCAAGUCGUACGUGUAAAUUUAUACUAACAUAAGGAGAGAAGAAAUUAGUAAAUAUCGUUACUUGCUUAGAUUUUCUCUUUUCCAUGUGCCCAUUAUUUUUAAUGAAUUGUAUGUAUAUCUUCCACUUGUCCAGUAGUACAGUAGAGAUACAUUUGAUAUUGUUAAUUCUUUAUAUAAGAGCCAAUAUUUUAAUACGAUAUAUGCAGAAAGCGCUACGCCCAUGUAUUUAUAACGUUCUACGCUGCGUCCGAUAAAGCACCUCUUAUUGUUAGUCUGUUAUCUUGUUACUGAAAGUGUUAUCUCAUGAUAUCGCGAUGGUUUUGACCUUUGUGCUAUUACUGACUGCUCCUGGCAUCGUCAGCGUUCUGAAAAUUAUCUCUCUGUUGCAUCAAAGGCAUUUUUACUUGAGAAAUAAGGGUAUAACUUUCCUGCGAAAAUUGCUAUCAUCUUUUAUUGUUUUGGAAAUUGCUUUUAGGCAAUAUUUCAUUUAUGGAUUAUAACCAAUACACAUACGAUUACUUUCCACACGAUAAAUAUAUUAAAACGAAUAAUAUUCGUAGUCCUACCAUAUUCUUACGCGAUCCCGAGUUGAUUAAAAACAUAAUGGUGAAGGAUUGUGAACAUUUCACAAUAUAUAGACAUAUUUUAUAUAUACCUACACAUACAUACUUCCGUAUAAAAAGUUUUUUACGGAAAUUUUAUUUUAUAGCGGUUUAGAUUGUCAAAUCUAUUAUCUACAAGCGUAAGAAGUGCAUAAUGAAUAAAAUGACAAAUGUUUAAUCAUCAGAAA